AUGAAUGUCAAUGACUCUGUCAUGUCAGAACGGGACGCGAGUGAUUACAGUAUUCAAUUGAAUCGUUGGCUUCUAAAACUGGUGGGCGCUUGGCCAAGUUCAGCCUCGACAACAGUUAGAGAAAAAGUAAUUUCAACAAUACUGGUAAUCAUCUGCUACUCGUUAGUAGCCUACACGGUCAUACCUUGUAUUCUGAACAUUCUGUUCGAAGAGACCGAUGUGCAGAAAAAAUUAAGAGCUGUUGGUCCAUUAAGUCACUGGUGCAUGGGUGGCAUGAAUUACUUCUCACUGCUGUUUCGCAGCCGCGAUAUAUACCGUUGCGUGGAGCACGUGAGGACCGAUUGGCUUAUGAUGACAGACAUAGAAGACCGGCAAGUGAUGCUGAAGUAUGCCAAAGUCGGCCGUUUCGUCGCCGGGCUAUGCGCAAUUUUCAUGCAUGUUGGCGUUUUCUCGCACACCGUAUUGCAAGGUGCCACGCCGAAGUUCGAACGUAUCGGAAACGUGAGCGUGAAGGUGCGUGUGUUACUAUGUCCCACGUACAGUAAGUUCGUAGAUAUUACGAAGAGCCCGGCGGGCGAAAUCGCAUUAACUAUGCAGCUCGGAUGGAACACGGUAGAGACGGCAAUGACAAUAGCUUGUAUGAUGAUUAUAUAUAUAUCCAUGACUUUCAACAUUUUUAUAUUUUGUUAUAUUGGCGAAACGGUAACAGAACAGUGUAAACAAGUAGGGGAAAUAGCUUACAUGACUGAUUGGUAUCGUUUGCCGUAUAAAACGGCUCGAGGUCUGAUCUUAAUUAUCUCCCGAUCGAGUAGUGUGAUCGAAUUAACUGCAGGAAAAUUAGUUCAUCUUUCUAUCGCAACUUUUGGUGAUGUGAUAAGAUCCUCCAUGAUAUAUCUAAACAUGCUUCGGACUAUGACAGCUUCUUAG